AUGGCGGGCAUUGAGCAGCUGGAAUCGUAUAUCGUUCGUUGGGUGAAAGUUGACGAAGGGAACACGCUAUCAUGGAGCGUACAGCCUCACAAAAAGUCCAUCAAUUUCGGCCUUGUCAAACAUCCCGGCAGCGGUGCCACCACUUUUGUAGCAUCAACAACCGAGGAUUUGAAUAAUGGGCCUGAAGAAUCCGGUGGUACUUCAGAUGGCAAAGCAAGCCGUUUCGCAAAGAAAGAGACAAACGCGCAGGAACUCCUGAAAAGCAAAGGAUUCAUUCCGAUCAAAUGGAUAGGUAAAUGCGAAGCCGACAAGGUAUCAAUUGGCACGUUUGAUGUCAAAGAAGAUCAGAGUGGAAUGUACGGCCUUGUGUUUGACAACACAUUCUCGAAACAAACAUCCAAAACGGCGACAUUUGUGGUUAUGACAUAUCCCACUGGAGCACCACCACAGACGUCAUCACACUUGCCAAAUCUCCAAGCACCGAAAGCCGGGGCGAGUCAAACAAGUCUGGGACGUUACGGCAGCCCCAAGGGUGACGGAGUUACGUCCGCCUCAGUGGAUAGCCUUCACAGUCACAAUGCUGCAGGAAAUGGCGCACCUUCGGUCUCCGGCCGGAGCGAGGCCGGCUCGAGCAAUUACCAUACUGGCGUUCUGCAUAAGAGACGGCGUAAGAAGGGACAAGGUUAUGCACGCCGGUUCUUCUCUCUCGAUUACUCCACCUGCACAUUGUCGUACUAUUACAAUCCCAAGUCAUCUGCUCUUAGAGGUGCCAUCCCUCUGAGCUUAGCUGCUGUUGCUGCAGAUGAGCGACGACGGGAGAUCAGUAUUGACUCGGGUGCUGAAGUGUGGCAUCUGAGAGCUCCAAACGACAAGGAAUUUCAGGAUUGGGCGCUUGCGCUAGAGAAGGCCAGCCGUGUUGCAAGAGGACUGGAAACCCUGGAUCUUCCCAAGAAGAAUACACUCAAACUCAACACACGGCAAAUUCAACCCACUCAGCAAUCUUCUCCUCAAGAAGACAGAGAAUGGGAACAAGUUGAAUCUUUGGUUAGCCGCGUGGUAGGAACUCGCGAUGCGCUUCGACGUUUGACUCGCGAGGUCACAGCUCAGGCAAAGCCACCGCCAGUGAACACCCCUCAAUAUCUUUCACCCACACCUGGAGGCACUAGUAUCGCGGAAGAAAACGAUUCAUAUUUUACACCUCCUUCAGAACAUAGACGCUCGUUUUGGAGGCGAAAGUCGAACGCCCCUGCGAUAUCUCCAGCGACACUUGGUGCGGCAACAGCCAUGGCUGUCCCCUCACCCAGCGGAGUCACGACGACCAUCUCGGCCAGCACGCCAAAUCACUCACGGAGACAAUCCAAGGGUAUUAACCGAGAAGAAAAUACACUCCAGGACCAUUGCCAAUCGCUCUUGACAGACCUUGACUCAGUUGUAUCCGAAUUCACAACCCUUAUUAAUAACAGCAAACGUCGUCGACUACCGGUGCCUCUAUCUGCAGGUGGUGCGUCAAGAAAGAGCAUAGACACUGUCUCGACUGCUGAUGAGUUCUUCGAUGCUGAGGAUGCCAACUCGGCUGUUCUCAAGAUCGAUGGCAGCGAAGACGAGGCCUCCCGAUCGGAGCAAGCAGAAGAUGAGGAGGAAGAAGAUUCCUUCCGCGAUAAUUCUUCUGUGUCAUCUAUUGGAGAAAACGAUACAGCUAAUCUCGACGACGCGUCUCACCUGUUCCCCGUAAAAGCAAAGAGCCUCACACCUCUACCCAUCGAGCAAGCCGUGACGAGGAGGGCCACUAUACCACCUGCAGCGGCAGCAGCGCCAAGUUUGAUCGCAUUCUUUCGAAAGAACGUUGGCAAAGAUUUUAGUACAAUCAGUAUGCCAGUCACAUCGAACGAACCCUCAUCAAUGUGUCAGAAGGUGGCAGAACAGCUGGAAUAUGCGCAGCUUCUGAACCAAGCGGCAAAGCAAUCUUCUCCCACAGACAGACUUAUGUUUGUGGCUGCAUUCGCAGUGUCACAAUUCAGUAGUGGACGAGCCAAAGAGCGUGCUAUCCGCAAACCCUUCACUCCUCUACUAGGCGAGACCUUUGAGCUUGUGCGCAGCGAUAAAGAAGUUCCUGGAGGCUUCAGACUUUUGGUCGAGAAGGUCCAGCAUCGACCUCUUCUCUUGGCAAUGCAGGCUGAUUCAGCCAACUGGUCAUUCUCUCAGUCACCUGCACCUGGACAGAAAUUCUGGGGUAAAAGUGCUGAAAUCACUACAGAUGGCCGCGUGAGAAUCGUUUUGCGGCUGUCCAAUGGCUCCGAAGAGCGUUAUUCAUGGAAUAUUGCUACCAUGUUCCUGCGUAAUGUGGUGAUGGGUGAGAAGUACGUGGAGCCUGUGGGUACGAUGCAUGUCGUCAACGAUAGCACUGGUCACAAAGCUGCGGUUGAGUUCAAGAGCAAGGGCAUGUGGGGUGGAAGGAUUGAGGAUGUCGGUGUAGAGAUCUUCAAUCCUGAAGGAGCCAACACAGGAAGUGGCCUGGUAGGCACAUGGACCAACAGCUUGAAGACAACUGGAAAAGGGGGCGGCCAGGAGAUUUGGCGGGUUGGACCCCUAGUAGAAAACGCUGCUAACACUUUCGGCCUCACCACUUUUGCUGCGACCUUGAACGAGGUUACCGAGAUCGAGAAGGGCAAACUCCCACCAACAGACUGCCGUCUGCGACCUGACCAGCGUGCAUACGAGCAAGGCGCAAUUGACGAUGCCGAGGAUAUGAAACAAAAGCUGGAAGAAGCCCAGCGUGGCCGACGUCGAGAGCUAGAAGAGCGAGGUGAGACAUAUAAGCCUCGUUGGUUUGUGAAGGUCGAGAAUGCCCCAGAGGGCGAGGAAGUGUGGAAACUCAAGACAGGGAAGGACAGCUAUUGGGAGGAACGAGCAAAGGGAAGCUGGCAAGGGGCUGAGGAGCUCUUUAAGAUUUCUUAA